AUGUCAGCGCCAUCCAAGAGUAACACCAACAGCACUAACAACACAGGCCUGUCUGCUAUGGAGCAGCUAGAAAAGGCUGCACAAAAGCUGACAUUAUACUCGCGGGCGUUGCGAGAACAGCUCGCCUGCCUUCGUGAAGAGGUCGCAGUCGAAAAGCAAGCGGUUUUGACAUCCGAGAAUGACGUGACUGAAUCGACAGCACGACUGCAAGAGAUUGAAGGACUGAUGGCUAAGCUCCAGCUAGAAAUAAACGUUCUACUUGUCUUGCCACCCUCGCGUGAUGAUGGCAGUUUGGCUGCACGCCAGCAAGAACACGAAGAGCUCGAAGAAGAACGUCAAGAAGAACUCGAGCUGCUCGUUCACAUUCGUAACAUGCUACAAAUGCAUCAAAAUACACACGAUAAGAUGCAACGUAUGAUUGCUGCAAUUACCAAGGAACUUCAUCGCGUGCGUCAACGAGAGGAGGUUGUUGUCCUCGCUACUCUACGUAGUCGCAUCGUCAAAGUUUCUGCACUUAAGUUUUAG